AUGUCUGAUCCAACCGAGACUGACGCGGUUGGAGGAAUGACUGAGAAUGUCACUGGGGAGAUCAAAAACCCCCUCGCCGGAAUCCCCCACGGUCAGCUCAUGGCUGAUGUCACGGCUUAUGCUACCGAACAUGGCCUCGAGGAUAUCUUGCCUAUCUUGAAGAAAGGCGCUAUGGUAGCUCAGACCCCAGCUGGGAUUGAAGGAAUUUCCGACCUCGAUGAUGAUGACCGUCGUGUUCUUAAUGAGGAGCACUCUCGGCGCUGGAAACACCCUUUCGCGUUGUACUACACUAUCAUUCUGAACUCAAUCUCGGCAGCUAUUCAAGGCUGGGAUCAGACUGGUUCAAACGGUGCUAACCUGACCUUCGAUGUCCAAUUUGGUAUUCCAAAUAACUCGCCUCACUGCCCUAACCCUGAGACCUGCAAGCGUAACCAGUGGAUUGUCGGUUUUAUCAAUGCGGUCCCAUACAUUACUAUCUGCUUGUUUGUUGCUUGGCUUUCCGAUCCCCUGAACCAUAUCCUCGGCCGUCGUGGUACAAUCUUCAUGGCUGCAAUCUUCAGUCUCCUAGCCCCCUUGGGAUCCGCUUUUACUCAGCACUGGGGUCAGCUCAUUGCCUGUCGUGUUCUUCUUGGACUUGGCAUGGGUCUCAAGGAAGUCACUGUUCCUGUUUACUCGGCUGAAAACGCACCUACCAACAUUCGAGGCGGCCUGGUUAUGUCAUGGCAGCUUUGGACAGCCUUCGGUAUCUUCCUUGGCACCUGUGCGAAUCUCAUUGUGGCCAACACAGGUGACAUUGCCUGGCGGCUACAACUAGGCUCUGCAUUUAUCCCAGCUGUGCCGUUGCUUCUUGGUAUCUGGUUUUGUCCCGAGUCUCCACGAUGGUUGAUGACCAAGAAAAACCACAAGAAAGCCUUUGCGUCUCUUCUCAGACUGCGCAAUAGCCCUUUGCAGGCCGCCCGGGAUUUGUAUCGGAUCCAUGCCCAGCUGGAGAUGGAGAAGCGGUUGAUUGCCGAGUCAGGAUUCUCCAAGACUGAUAACAUGUUCGUUCGGUUUGUGGAAUUAUUCACGGUGCCCCGUCUACGUCGUGCCGUCCAAGCUUCUGGCAUUGUGAUGAUCGCCCAGCAGAUGUGCGGAAUCAAUAUUAUCUCGUUCUACUCUUCAACUAUCUUCCAAUUGGCCGGUGCUUCCAACAUCGAAGCACUUCUUGCCUCAUUUGGUUUCGGACUUAUCAAUUUCGCGUUUGCCUGGCCCGCCGUCUGGACAAUCGAUACAUUUGGCCGACGAGGUUUGCUGCUGUUCACUUUCCCACAGAUGUGCUGGACGCUUCUCGCAGCUGGAUUCUGUUUCUGGAUUCCGGUAAGCAGUAAGGCGCACAUUGGAAUGAUUGCAUUCUUCGUCUACCUCUUUGAUGCGUUUUAUUCCCCCGGAGAAGGCCCUGUUCCAUUCACCUACUCUGCCGAGGUGUUCCCGCUGUCUCACCGUGAAGUUGGAAUGGCCUGGGCUGUGGCAACCAACAACUUCUGGGCAUCUGUUCUCUCCUUGACGUUCCCGUGGAUGCUGCGAGCCUUUACUCCGCAGGGUGCCUUCGGGUUCUAUGCCGGCUUGAAUCUCGUCGCAUUUGCCUUGAUAUUCUUGUUUAUGCCGGAGACCAUGCAGCGCUCCCUCGAAGAACUGGACUAUGUGUUUGGCGUCCCGACUCGAACCCACGCCAAAUACCAGCUUACCAAGGUUCUCCCGUGGUGGAUCAAACGGUAUGUUUUCAUGCGCAAGGAUGCGGUCUGCCCGGAACUUUACCAGGUGACCCAAGAAUAUGUCGCACCUCCUGGUCCAGGCAAGCAGGCGAACGCACAGAUGGAACGCCAUGCCGAACAUGUUUGA